AUGGAGCUGCUCUCCUCUAGCAGUUCCACGGAAGCAAAAAAGAUCGUCGCGCUAGCGUUCCACCUGUUAUUCGUAGUGGCAACAGCAGCGGCGGCACCUCUUCCAGUGGCGUUGCCCGGCUGCCCGGAGACGUGCGGUAACAUAACCGUCCCCUAUCCUUUCGGCACCCGCCACGGCUGCUUCCGCGAGGGAUUCAACCUCACAUGCGACGAUACGCCGCCGGGCCGGCCGCCGAGGCUCCUCGUGGGGGACGGCGUGGAGGUCGUCGGCAUCUCCCUCGCCGAAGGCACGGUGCGGAUCCACACCAAGAUGCUGAGCGUCUCGCUCCCGGUCCCGGGGAACUGGAGCUCCACCUCCACCUCCACGCGGGUCAACGGCUCGUGGUCCGCGGGCGUGACGCCCACCGGCGGGCGCCUGGCCGUGUCGACCACGCGCAACCGGUUCGUGGCCAUGGGGUGCAACCUGCUCGCCAGCCUCGUCGUCCAUGACGCCAUCGACGGGGACGAGUACGUCAGUGUCUGCGCGGCGCUCUGCGCGGACAGGUCCCAGUCCCAGCUGGGCGACACCUCCUGCUCCGGCGUCGGCUGCUGCCAGACGCCCGUAUCCGCCGGCCACUCGUCGUACGGGAUCCAGCUCAGUGAUUUGUCCUUCCAGUUCCAGACUCCCGCCGCCAGCUCGACGACCUCGAGGCUGGCGGCGCUGUUCAUCGCUGACCAGGAGUGGUUCGUCAGAAACGCGACCGUUCUGCAGCUGGACUACUCUGGUGAGCCACAGAGAACCGUCGAUACGUGGGUGGUUCCGACGGUGCUGGAGUGGUCGCUGGAUAGGAGCCGUGAUUCGGACAUGUUCUUGGAAUGGGAAGACCCCGGUAGCGUUGGCAGAUGCAUAAGCCUGAAUAGCACCAUAGUUGAAGACGGCGUUGCUGGAAGCAAUGUUGGGCGGGCACGGUGCAACUGCUCCAAUGGAUUCGAGGGCAAUCCUUACAUCGCUAAUGGAUGCCAAGACAUCGACGAGUGCCAACAGCCAGAUAUUUACCCAUGCCAUGGAAUCUGCAUCAAUUUGCCAGGGACAUACCGAUGUUCGUCAAAGAAAAGGAUCAGUAGCCUUCCAGGUUUAAUUACUAUAAUAGCAAUCAGUGCUGGUUUUGGCCUAUUGUUUUCACUUCUUGGUGCUGCAAAAAUCACUAAGAGACUCAAGCAACAAAAGGCCAAGAAGUUGAGAGAAUUUUUUUUCAAGAGAAACCAUGGAUUGCUUCUCCAGCAGUUAAUCACCUCAAAUAAAGAUAUAGCCGAAAGGUUGAAGAUUUUCAGCUUAGAAGAAUUAGAACAAGCAACAAAUAAUUUUGACCAGAAUCGCAUCCUAGGAGGCGGAGGCCAUGGCACAGUCUACAAAGGGAUCUUAUCUGAUCAGCGUGUUGUGGCUAUCAAGAAGUCCAAAAUUAUAGUUCAAAAGGAAAUUGAUCAGUUCAUAAAUGAGGUCGUCAUACUUUCACAAACUAACCAUAGGAAUGUGGUGAAGUUAUUUGGUUGUUGCCUUGAAACAGAAGUUCCUUUGUUGGUAUAUGAGUUCAUAUCCAAUGGAACUCUAUCGUACCAUCUUCACGGCCAAAGUGAGCAUCCUUUGUCUUGGAAAGAUAGAUUGAGGAUAGCACUGGAAACUGCAAGAGCAAUCGCAUAUCUACACUCCGCUGCUUCUGUACCAGUUUUCCAUAGAGACAUCAAAUCUGCAAAUAUACUACUUACCGAUAUUUUGACAGCAAAGUUAUCAGAUUUUGGAGCUUCAAGAUCAAUUUCAAUAGAUGAGACAGGAGUACUUACAGCUAUCCAAGGAACUCAUGGUUACCUUGAUCCUGAAUACUACUAUACUAGCCGACUCACAGAAAAGAGUGAUGUUUAUAGCUUUGGUGUCAUCUUGGCAGAACUACUAACAAGGGUUAAAUCAGUUUUCUCUUCUCAUUCAUCGGAGGGUGCAAGCCUAGCAUCGUACUUUGUGUCACUGAUAAGAGACAAUCGCUUGUCGGAUAUUCUAGAUUCACAAAUUGUUGAAGAGGGAGGGACUGAAGAUGCCAAGGUGGUUGCGAGGCUUGCAAUGGCAUGCUUAAGCUUAAAAGGUGAAGAAAGACCUACAAUGAGGCAAGUAGAGACAACACUGGAAGAUGUGCAAAGCUCAAAGGUCCAUCACAAUUCUAGGAUUCCAAGAGUGAGUCAAAAUGUCCCAAAAGUUGAGUCACACAACGGAAAUAAAGGAAGUGAAGGCACUAGACUCUUCAGCUUGGAGAAAGAGUUCCUACAAUCAUCUGAAAUUCCAAGAUGA